UUCAUUAGUUCUAUGGUAGGACACGGCGUCUUAGACUGUAGUAAAUACCGGUGGUCUCUGUCCAACCUCGGUGACGACACAGCGUCAGUACUGAGUGAUGUUGUGUACGAGGCUAACAGUCGGACCAUCAGUCAGUUUGGUUGAUGACAUCAUCAGCUUCUUCUUCAUCCUUACCUGUGACCGCUGCUGUCUCUACGUCACUCUUCUCUCUGGUGUAGACAAUGAGAUCGUCUGCUUCCUGAAGGUCCAGCUAGCAGAAGCCAUAAACCUCCAGGAUAAGAACCAGAUGGCCCAGAUCCAGGAGACCACACGCUGCGUCAGCCGCUUCGAUGCACGCACCUGCAGGAAACUGCUGGCUGCCAUCGCUGAGGAUUACAGGAAGAGGACUCCGUACAUAGCCUACCUGACCAGGUGUCGUCAGGGUCUGCAGACGUCGCAGGCUCAUUUAGAGAGGCUCCUGCAGAGGGUGCUGAGGGACAAAGAGGUCGCAAACCGCUACUUCACCACCGUAUGUGUCCGACUACUUCUUGAACACAUGGAAUCCAAGAUGCUUGAUUUUAUCAAAGGUAUGAGCUCCCUCUUCCUGGUACUGUCUGACUUUGAUACUGAUAAAUAUGAAGUACUAUCAGAUGAAAAACUGUCCCUCCGGAGUAAACCUUAA